UGGUCCAAAAAUAGGUCUGUGUUCGCUUAUGAUGUCAUCACUGUGCGACGAUCGCACACACUGCAGAUUUGUAGCAAGUGAAUGUAGCAGUGUUGAACUGAAAGUUAGCCCAAAGAGUUCUGAGUUAUGACUGCGCUUCAGCGGGCACUCAAAACCCAUUUCGGCUUCGAGAAGUUCCGCUCAAAGCAGCAAGAAGAUGUUGUCAAAGCCGUUAUCAGAGGUGAUAGAGACGUGUUCGUCUGCAUGCCGACGGGCGCGGGGAAGUCUCUGUGUUACCAGCUUCCCGCGGUCAUGUCAGAGGGCAUCACACUGGUCAUCUCCCCUCUGAUCGCCCUCAUCCAGGAUCAGGUUGAGCACCUGCGGGCGCUGAAUAUCCCAGCAUGCUCCAUCAACUCCAAGCUGGCGGCGUCGGAGCGGCGUGCGAUCCUGUCGGACCUGGAGUCUGAGCGUCCGUCGCUGCGCCUGCUCUACAUCACGCCCGAGAUGGUGUCCUCGCCCGCCUUCCAGCCCUGUCUGAGCGCGCUCAGUACACGCGGCCUGGUGGCCCGGCUGGCCGUCGACGAAGCUCACUGCGUCUCUCAGUGGGGACACGACUUCCGCCCGGACUACCUGCGCCUGGGGGAGGUGCGUGAGCGCCUGCUGCCCACCGUUCCGUGCCUGGCGCUGACCGCUACUGCCCCCCAGCGGGUACGGGAGGACAUCGCCCACUCGCUGCGCCUGAACGACCCCAAGCAGUUCUCCACACCCGUGUUCCGCGCCAACCUCCACUACGACGUCAUCUUCCGCGAGAUCCUCCCCGACCCCUACGCACACCUCGCCAAGUUCGCCCAGGACGCACUCAAGGUGGAGGAGGGAGCCCAGGGUUGUGGGAUUGUGUACUGCAGAACCAGAGAUGGCUGUGAAGAAGUGGCCCAUAAACUCACCAAACUUGGAGUCCAGGCCAAACCCUACCAUGCAGGGCUGAAGUCAGCUGACCGGCUCCAGGCUCAGACUGACUGGACGGAGGGAAAGGUUCCUGUUAUCGUGGCGACCAUCAGCUUUGGGAUGGGCGUGGACAAAGCAAAUGUCAGGUUCGUGGCCCACUGGAACCUGGCGAAGUCCCUGGCGAGCUACUACCAGGAGUCUGGGCGCGCGGGCCGAGACGGCCUCCCCCUCCUGCUGCCGCACAUACUACUCACACAGGGACCAGGAGCAGAUGGCCUUCCUCAUCAGCAAGGAGGUGGCCCGCAAACAGGCGAAGAGAGGUGCAGAGAAGGAGCAGGAUAAAGCAGCACUCAAGGACUUUACAGCCAUGGUGUCCUACUGUGCACAGGAAGAGUGUCGGCAUGCCACCAUCUCCAAGUUCUUCGGCGACGCUGCGCCGGCCUGUGCGGGAUCAUGUGACUUCUGCCGGAACCCCAAGCUGGUGCGCGCUCAGAUCGCCCGCGCGGCCGUCCAGCGGAGCGGUCAC